UGGGACUUGACGUUUCUCCCCACCACCAACACGAUAAUAUAAAAUAGAUAAAUAAUAACAUUGUUUUCUUCUUUUUUCGAUUCGGCAAUUUCAGGCAUUAACUAUACCGCGAUCUCUGAAACCCUAAUUUGUUAAUUCUUUCCUCAGCUUGGGCUGUAGUGCGGGAUGUCGUCUGUUUCCAGCCAGCCACAGUUCCGCUACACCCAACCUCCAUCAAAGGUUCUCCAUUUGAGGAAUUUACCAUGGGAAUGUACUGAAGAGGAAUUGAUCGAACUGGGUAAACCAUUCGGGAAAGUUGUUAACACAAAGUGUAAUGUUGGAGCCAAUCGAAACCAAGCUUUUAUUGAAUUUGCAGAACUAAACCAAGCUAUUGCUAUGAUUUCGUAUUAUGCAUCAUCAUCUGAGCCAGCUCAGGUACGAGGGAAAACCGUCUACCUACAAUAUUCCAACAGACAAGAAAUAGUGAACAACAAAACUACUGCAGAUGUUGCUGGGAACGUGCUUUUGGUGACAAUUGAAGGGAAUGAUGCACGUCUUGUUAGUAUUGAUGUCCUACACUUGGUAUUCUCAGCAUUUGGUUUUGUGCAUAAGAUUACUACCUUUGAAAAGACUGCUGGAUUUCAGGCACUGGUGCAGUUUUCUGAUUCAGAGACCGCUUCUGCUGCCAAGGAUGCUCUUGAUGGAAGAAGCAUUCCAAGGUAUUUGAUCCCAGAGCUUGGACCAUGUUCACUUAAAAUAACAUACUCUGCACAUACAGACCUGAGCGUAAAAUUCCAGAGUCAUCGUAGUAGGGACUAUACCAAUCCAAUGCUCCCUGUUGCUCCCUCAGCUAUAGAUGCAAGUGGCCAGUUCAGCGUAGGAGUUGAUGGGAAGAAAUUGGAACCAGAGAGCAAUGUUCUACUUGCUUCCAUUGAAAACAUGCAAUAUGCAGUUACCUUGGACGUGCUACAUACGGUCUUCUCUGCAUUUGGACCGGUCCUAAAAAUAGCCAUGUUCGAUAAAAAUGGGGGUCUCCAAGCCUUGAUUCAGUAUCCUGAUGUCCAGACAGCUGUUGUGGCAAAGGAAGCCUUGGAAGGCCAUUGCAUAUACGAUGGAGGAUAUUGCAAGCUUCAUCUCUCAUAUUCCCGACACACUGAUCUCAGCAUUAAGGUCAAUAAUGAUAGGAGCAGAGACUAUACCAUUCCUAACACUCCUGUUUUGAGUUCUCAACCCUCGAUAUUAGGGCAACAACCUUAUGCUGUUGGAGGUCCAGCUGUCCAAGCCUUUGGUGGACCACAAUAUGCUCCUGCGCCUGAUCCUCGUGCAAUUCCUCCCCCUUCGGCCGGUUGGAACCCAGGUCUCAUGCCUCAAUCUAUGCCAAUGCAAAUGCAUAACUACCCUUAUGGGCCACCACCUCCUGCAGGAGCUCCUCCAAUGGGCCCAGGUGCAGGCCCAAUGCCACCCAACACACAGAAUGGGCUGCCACACUCUUCUCCGAUUCGCCCUUAUCAUCACCAAUAGCAAAUUUCAGUGUAGAGAAUGACCAAGCAGUUCAUAGCGAGCCCUUCUUAUAGGAAGGAGUGAUUUUAUUCCCUUCCCCCCUUCUCUAUAUUCUGUUAUAUUUUCGUUUUCCAUGAGAUUUGAUUCAAGAAUCUUGUUGUGGGUUUACUUCAAAGCUUAUUUUGCAACUCAAAAAUGUGCUUAUGGGAGAUCAGGUGUUGAUUGCCUUUGAUUUGGUUUAUUAUGUUGUUCUGUAUUUUGUUUUUCAGUUCAAUUGUAGAUUGAAAAAAUGAGUGCAACUUUGUGCGGUCAGCGUUGUUUCUUGCUUUGUCUAAUUGACUCCAAGUGAUUAAUUUUGGAGUCUUGUGCAGUUGUGCUGACAUCUUAUAGAACUGCAGAAAAU